UUCAGUUAUUGGUGUGACUUUGGCGAAUACGGUUCGUUCUCUCUCCUGCUCGGUGUUCCCGUUCCGGUGCGUGCCUGCUCGGUGUCAGCUGUCCCGCAUCCGAAAGAAAGUUGGCCUACCGCGUGCGUGCACUGUGCUCGGCGUUUCGUGGAUUGGUGUUUGUGUGUACAAAAACUGCACCGGUUUUUUGUUGUUGUUGUUGUCGGUUCGGUGCAUGCAGUGUGGUCGGCGCGUGCAUUCGUUGCACUCGGUGUGAUGGUGUGAUGCGAUGUGUUAAGGGUGAGCUGCAUGGGGUAGUGCAUAAGAUGCGUGUAGUGUAGUGUGGUGGUUGUUGUUACUUAUUGCUCGGCGAUGGUGUGUUUAUGGGCCGUUUAGGGUGGAACAGGUUUUUUUGUAUCUGCUGAGCUAGUGGAAGCGGCAACAGAUGUGUUGGUAGUCUUCGUGGUAGUGGUAGUAGUGAUGAGGUAGUUUAAUAGUAGCAGGGCAUUUAAAUUCCACUUAAGAAAAGUCCUCAAAUUGGGGUUUGAGCUGGUUGGCGCUGCAGGAGCACUUAUGUAUACUAAGCGUCGUUUAUAAGGCUUGUUAGACUUCUCAAACUAAGUGAUAUACUCAGCUGGUUCUCAGGAGUAAUUCAAAGGGGGAAUUUACAUAUUGUAAAUCCAGUGUUAACAGUAAUUUUAGUUUAAAUUGAAAAAAGAAAGUGAUAACUGAAGAAUAAGUGCGAAAAUUGUUUAAGCAUUAGCUCUAGAAAUAGAGUUGUGAUCGUGUGCAGCCAGCCACAGCUUUGAAGUGACAGAUCAUUGAAGGAGAACACAUUUGAAAGGAAGCAGUGAAGCGGUUUGAGCCCAUUUAUUAAAGCCAGAAGUUUCUGCCUCCCCCUCCUUCCUUCUCCCUAUCGAAAUCUUCAAAAGGACGUAAGAUUGAAUCCAUGGUUGGCCCCAAUUCAGUGAAAGUUCUGGUCGCAAGUGCUGGUUUUGAGCUACAGUGAGUGUAAUGCGCCGGGAAGAUGGUAUGCGCUGCCAGCAGUAAGAUGUUCGCUGACCGCUGCUGGCUCGUGUGUUCGGCAUUUCGGCAUUUCCUGCGCCUGGUUCCGGUCGAACCGAGUGUAACCGCGUACUGGUCCCGGUGUACUGCAAGCGUAACGUUAUGAAGUCCAGUGGACGCGAUCCGACCGAACGUACCAAAGCGUUGCUAAACAGUGCAAGUGGGCUGCGUGGCAGCAGCAGCAGAGUGGGACGGUUUUGUGGCCGGCUGGUUGGGCUAAGCGGCAGUACAUUCGUUGCCGUGGUAGCUGUGCUCGGGUGUUUGGUGGUGUCCACCGUGGGGGAUGUGUUUACCGUUGGCUAUCUGACAGGAUCGCAGCGGCGGCCGGGUGACCGCGUUUACGACCGUCCUGGAUUACAAAUUUCCGGUGCCAUAACCCUAGCCAUGACCGAGGUGAACGACCGGUACUUCAGCAAGCACGGACACGAGCUGCGGUUCGAGGUGGUGGAAACGUACGGCGAGGAGGUGACCAGCAUACGGAAGACGGCCGACCUCUGGACGCGGGACGUGAUCGGAUACCUUGGUCCGCAGGAAACCUGCGUGCACGAGGGCCGUAUGGCGGCCGCCUUCAAUCUGCCAAUGAUUUCUUACUUCUGUACGCACAAUGAAACGUCCAACAAGAAACACUUUCCAACGUUCGCACGGACGCGUCCGCCGGAUCUACAGAUUUCCAAAUCGGUCGUCUCGCUGCUGCUCGCCUACAACUGGACCCAGGUUAGUUUUUUGUAUCGUGCUUCAGACAACGGUGAGUUCGAUGCGGUUGCCGAAACGCUCAAGACGACGCUCCGGACGGCGAGCAUCCGGGUGCGGUCCGUCGCGACCUGGACCGACAUCUACCAUCACGGGUACUCGAGCAAUCCGUUCGAGCGGCUAGUGGAGGACACGUACGUGGACACGAGAAUUUAUCUGGUGCUGGGCUACCACUACGAACACAUCGGGCUGCUGGUGAGCCUAUGGCGGCGCGGUUUACUCGACCGGGGCGAAUACUUUGUCGUCGGUGUCGACAUCGAGCAGUACGACGCGGCCCUGCCGACGAAGUACAUGCACGGGCUGCUGCAGACGGCGCCGGAUACGGUUGCGGUCGAAGCGUUCCGGCACUAUCUGGCCAUCGUACCGUCGGCACCGGUACGAUUCGAAGAGUUUGCGGUUAAGGUUAACAAAUAUUUGGAGCUGCCACCGUUCAACUAUCGGAAUGCGCUGAUCUUCUUCGGAGGCGUAAAGCAGAUAAGGGCGGAAGCUGCCUAUCUGUACGAUGCGGUUCAUCUGUAUGCAAAUGCACUGAUGCAGGUGCUGCUGGCGGGCGGCAGUCCGAAGAAUGGUUCCGCCAUCAUCGAAGCGAUUAAGGGACGCGCUUACAUGAGUGCGAUGGGCUAUCUGGUGCACAUCGACGAGAAUGGGGACGCGACCGGAAACUACACGAUUCUCGCACGGAAACCCGUUCCGAGUACGGCCGCCGGCAACCAGUACGGAUUGUUUCCGAUCGGACGGUUCAGCUCACCGACCGUGGAUCGCAUACCGUUUAAAAUUCAGGAGAUUCGCCUGUUUGAUACGAUCGAUUGGGUCGGAUCCGGUCCUCCGGUCGCCGAGCCACGGUGCGGCUUUCGUGGUGAAAAGUGUAUCAGUUACACGGGCGAGAUAACGGGCGGCAUUGCUGGGGGUGCCCUGUUGCUGUUGGGUGUCGUGUCACUCGUCCUCUACCGGAACUGGCGCUACGAACAGGAGCUCGACAGUCUGCUGUGGAAGGUGGACUUUCGCGAAAUUCAGAUGCACGAGAAUGAGAAGGAAACGACCGGUCAGAAAAUGACACGGACCACGCACCCGCUGAUACGCACCAGCCAGGUAAGCUUAAGCUCCAACCCGGACCUAGACUUCCGCUACUCCACCAUCUUCACACCGAUCGGGCUGUACAAGGGUCAGCUGUACGCGAUCAAGAAGGUGAAGAAGAAAAGCAUCGACAUUACGCGGGAGAUGAAGAAGGAGCUGAAGCUGCUGCGCGACAUGCGGCACGACAACCUGAACGCAUUUAUCGGCGCGUGCACCGAUCCGCCCAACAUUUGCAUCAUUACCGAUUACUGCAACCGUGGCAGUUUGAAGGAUGUGCUGGAAAACGAAGACGUCAAGCUGGACAACAUGUUCACCGCCUCGAUGGUGGCGGACAUACUGCGCGGCAUGAUAUAUCUGCACGAGUCGCCACUUCGAUUUCACGGCUCGCUGCGUACAUCGAACUGUUUGAUCGAUUCCCGCUGGGUGGUGAAGCUGAGCGACUUUGGCCUGUUUGCGUUCAAGCAGGGCUCGGAGGAUGUGCCGGACGAGAAGGAAAAGCUGGAGGAAAAGUGUCAAAAACUGCUGUACCGUGCGCCCGAGCUAUUGCGUGCCGGCCCUACCGCAACCGUGCCGGGCACACCGAAAGGUGACGUCUACUCCUUCGGCAUCGUACUGUACGAAAUCUUCACCCGCCGCGGUCCAUUCGGCGAAAUCGAAUGCACACCGAUGGAGUGUCUCAAGCGCGUCCUGAACCCGCUCGAUCCAAACACACCGUUCCGACCCGCAAUCCAACCGCUCGAAACAUCGUUCGACUGUGUGCGCGAAUGUUUGAAGGAAUGUUGGGCCGAACGGCCCGAAGAUCGGCCCGACUUUAAGGCGAUACGCAACAAGCUGCGCGUCCUGCGGAAGGGUAUGCGACCGAACAUCUUCGACAACAUGAUGGCCAUGAUGGAAAAGUACGCCAACAAUCUCGAGCAGCUCGUUGACGAGCGUACGGAUCAGCUGCAGGAGGAAAAGAAGAAAACGGAAGCACUGCUGCUGGAGAUGCUGCCACGGCCGGUGGCAGAGCAGCUGAAGCGUGGCCAUAAGGUGGAGGCGGAAAGUUACGAUCUGGUGACGAUUUACUUUAGCGACAUCGUCGGCUUUACGUCGAUGUCGGCGGAAAGCACACCGCUGCAGGUGGUCGACUUUCUGAACGAUCUGUACACGUGCUUCGACUCGAUCAUAGGGCAUUACGAUGUGUACAAGGUGGAAACGAUCGGGGAUGCGUACAUGGUCGUGUCCGGGUUGCCGAUCCGGAACGGACUGAUACAUGCGGCCGAGAUUGCUUCAAUGUCGCUACAGCUGUUGGAAGCGGUCGCCGAGUUUAAGAUACGGCAUCGACCGAACGAUCGACUGUUCCUACGGAUCGGUAUCCAUUCCGGACCGGUAUGUGCCGGUGUCGUGGGGUUAAAGAUGCCCCGGUACUGCCUGUUCGGCGAUACGGUCAAUACGGCAUCGCGCAUGGAAUCGACCGGACAGCCGCUCAAGAUCCACUGCAGCUUACAGACCAAAGAGAUCCUCGACUCGCUCGGCGGCUAUCACUUCCAGGAGCGGGGCCUGGUGCCGAUGAAGGGCAAGGGUGACCAGCGGACGUUCUGGUUGGUGGGCGAGGAUCCGGAUGCGCGGGCCCGCCGCACCAAGGAACGGACCGAGCGGCGUGGUUCGCGGGCGCUCAACAAGUAUCUCGGUAUGCUGAAAAGCGUCACCAAUCUGCCCGGGGUACGCAGUUCGCUCAAGAGUCGCUCGUUGGGGUUGCCGCGCGGUUCGCUGCCUCGCUCGUCUAGUCUGGAGUCACCGAAAAGACUGAGAUUUGCCAGUGGAGCCAUGCUCGAGCAACAUCGGUACCAUCGGUACAGCGAUGAUGCGCUGAUGGAAGUCAUCUCCGACAGUAGCAUCCGCCGAUCGGAUUACAGCAUUUCGGACGGUGCCGAAGACAUUACUGCCUCGUGUCCGUGCAUCGAGCAUCUCGGCACGAGUCAUUCGACGGAACCGGCCAGCUUUCUGCUAACCAACUGCCCAACCGUAACAACACCACUGCUCAACAACAGUAUCGCCACCUAGAGGAGAGAUAACAUGAGAGAAGAAGAAAAAACAUAUAAGCGGAACGGUUUUAACUAUGUCCUUCCUUCUUACCGAUAUCUAGUCAUACGCUCAAUGUCUGUGUCUGUGUGCUUAACUGCCAAUAAGCAUAAGGUGAUAAUGAACAGCUAGAACACGGUCGCGACCGUCUAAGCUCUAUGUUGUAAUACACACAGUUACAGCGAAAGAAACAGUUACAGUGGAAAGGCUAGUGUGCAACACGGAUUUAAACACCCGAGAAAAGAGAAAACAGUAUUGUGCCGCGUAGAAAGUGCAAUGCACACAAACACAAGCACACACACACAUCCUUAUCAAUCACUGUUGUUCGUUUUUGUAAUGUGUCGUCAUGAAGCAUAAUUGUGAAAUAAACCCUUAAAUAGUUCACAAAACUGUA